UGUAGCCGCAAAGGAGCAAUGCAAAAAUACCGAAAAAUGCGCAGUGCUGCUGUUGUCCUCCAGGCAGCAUACAGAGGCCAGCAGGUCAGAAAGGAGGUUGCUCAAUGUCAUCACGCUGCCACUGUGAUCCAGUCUGCAUUCAGAAAGCACAGAGAGGAAGUCAAAUUCCAGGCCAUGCGUCUUUCUUCCAUUAUCAUCCAGAGAUACUAUCGCGCCUGUAUUCUUCAGAGGCAAGAAAGGGAAAGGUACCUAAAAAUGAGACAUUCUGCCAUUAUUCUUCAGGCAGCUUUCAGAGGUCAUCGAGUGCGAACCAACAUUGCCAAGAUGCACAGGGCUGCUACUGUCAUCCAAGCCAACCUCAAGAGACAUAAACAGCAGUCAGCCUUCAGGAAGCAACGCUGGGCAGCCUGUGUCUUACAGCAGAGGUUUAGAGCUCAGAGACAGAGAAACAUUGAGGUAAAACAUUAUCAGGAGUGUAGGAAAGCUGUCAUCAAACUUCAAACUACUUUCCGUGGUAUGAAAUCCAGGAGAAUCCUCAAACAAAGGCAUCAUGCUGCCAGUAUUAUCCAGAGAGGUUACAGAACAUACAGUGAACACAAGCAGUAUCUGACUUUGAAAUCCUCCGUCAUCACCAUUCAGCGGAGGUAUCGGGCCACUGUAGCCGCAAAGGAGCAAAUGCAAAAAUACCAAAAAAUGCGCAGUGCUGCUGUUGUCUUCCAGGCAGCAUCAGAGGCCAGCAGGUCAGAAAGGAGGUUGCUCAAUGUCAUCAGGCUGCCACCGUGAUCCAGUCAGCAUUCAGAAAGCACAGAGAGGAAGUCAAGUUCCAGGCCAUGGCGUCUUUCCGCCAUUAUCAUCCAGAGAUACUAUCGCGCCUGUAUUCUUCAGAGGCAAGAAAGGGAAAGGUUCCUAAAUAUGAGACAUUCUGCCAUUAUUCUUCAGGCAGCUUUCAGAGGUCAUCGAGUGCGAACCAACAUUGCCAAGAUGCACAGGGCCGCUACUGUCAUC